CGAUGUUUGAUGCACGUUAGACGAAAUCUCACGGAUGCGUCAAGCAGGCCACGUCGCCUCCGCGCCUCUAGCUCACACACACAGUUGAUUGUAUUCUACAUCCUACGUACUUGCUGCGUUAAACGCUGGUGAAUCGUAUCGAGAGGCCCUCGCCGAGGGGUGAACGGACAGUUCCGUGCAUGUGAGAAUCGGCUUCGGCUGUACAUCGAAGCUACGUCAACCACUACGGGGUUGUGGAUCAUGAGGCCCGCGAAAACCUGGGCCACCCUGGCAGCGACCGUGCUCGCCACGGCCCUGCUCCUGCAGCCUAUCUACGCCGAGGCACCAAUCUCGGGUAGCUACUUACCACCAUCAACAAGUUAUGGGACGCCGAACAUAGGAGGCAGUGGCCCAUCCUCGACCUAUGGUGCACCGUCCACCGGUGGUGGUGGUGGUCGUCCAUCUUCAAGCUAUGGUGCACCACCAUCCAGUAACUACGGUGCACCACCAUCCAGUAGCUACGGUGCACCACCAUCCAGUAACUACGGUGCUCCGCCAUCGAGUAGCUACGGUGCUCCACCAUCGAGUAGUUACGGCGCUCCAUCUGGUGGAAGGCCAUCCAGCAGCUACGGAGCACCAUCGAACGGUGGUGGCAGACCAUCAUCGAGCUACGGUGCACCAUCGGGUGGCGGUGGAAGACCAUCCAGCAGUUACGGCGCACCUGGAGGCGGCGGUGGCUUCGGCGGUGGUGGAAUCUCGUCAAGUUACGGUGCACCAUCACGCGGAUCAUCGAUAUCAGCUAGCUACUCAGCACCAAUUUCCGGAGGUGGUGGUAUCUCCACUAGUUACGGCGCACCAACCGGAGGCGGCGGUGGUGGUGGAUACUCGAGACCAUCAUCGACUUACGGUACACCUAGCACCGGUGGUGGCAGUUUCGGAGGUUCCGGUGGAUAUUCUGGAGGCGGAGGUGGAUACUCUGGAGGCGGUGGUGGCUACUCUGGAGGCGGCGGUGGUUACUCGGGGGGCGGUGGCUACUCUGGAGGUGGAAACGGUGGAUACUCAGGCGGCGGUAGCGGCGGGGGCGGAUACUCGGGCGGUGGUGGCGGCUAUUCCGGCGGCGGUGGAAACGGUGGCUACUCCGGCGGUGGUGGAGGCUACUCCGGCGGCGGCGGCGGCGGUGGUGGCUACUCUGGAGGCGGCGGAGGUGGUUACUCUGGAGGCGGUGGUGGCUACUCUGGAGGAGGCGGAGGUGGUUACUCUGGAGGAGGUGGUGGUUAUUCCGGAGGUAACGGCGGCGGUGGUGGCUACUCGGGCGGCGGCGGCGGUGGCGGUGGCUACUCCGGAGGCGGUGGAGGCGGUCAGAGCUACGCUAGCAACGGAGGUUACCAAUAUUAAUCGUAAAAAGUCUUCAUCUCGCGCGACGACGACCUUCGACCAUGUUUCACCAUCGAUCAUCGACCACCAUCGAACGAGUCGAAAGAGUUCAAACGCAUCGACGUUCAUCGCGUCGCGGCCCAAGAAACG